AUGGCUUUUCCCGUUAUAGGUCGUGGAGGACAGAGGUACGAACUGCAUGAAGGUAUGAAGCAAAACUUCUUAAGUUUGUACGGAGAAUGGGAAAAUGGAACGAUCAUGUGUCCAUCUCUGUUUCCAAGAGACUUUAUCAGUCCAGUCAGCGACCUUCCUGGCGUAGCUCCGCUCGAACAACACGUACUUCACACGAUUAGGGGAGAUGACGCCGAGGAGAAAAUCUUUGAAAUUUUGAAGCGGUUUGGAGAAGAAGAGAAGCAGCCAAUGUUUGUCCUGACCAAACUAAAGAUUACAGAAUUAUUCAUGAAGUACUGUAUGCCUGACCAGACUUUUCAAGAAUUGAAAAAACUCAGUGAAGAAAAGAAAAAGAAAAAAUUAGACGUUGAAAUUGACUUUGCGAUUGUGCACUUAAACAUUGGUGUGAUUCUAGUUGAAGUCAAGGCAACAGACAAAUGGCCGAAAAGAAAUGCGCCUUUUAAUCAACUAUCGGAGAGGGAGAAAAUAAUCAAGGGCCUUUUACACGAGGAGAGCCACAUUCCAGUUUAUAAGGUCGUCGCCUUGCCAAAUAUGGAUGGCUCUGGAAAUUGCAAGGAUGAUUUUUUUAUUCUGAAGAAAUCAGAUGUGGGGUCCUGUGAAGAGUUUUCGCAAUGGAUGCACUCCCAUUUCAAUGCGGAAGAAUGUGGCAGCCAAGAAAAGCAAGAACUACGAAACUUGCUUUACAAACUUGUAGGUGAUGAUGUUCAUCCUAAAAAAGUACUCUCAGAACUUUAUAAAAAAAUUUGCAGCCAGGCCUGUCUUAGACAACGCUAUGAAUGUUCAAAGAGAAAAGAGAAAGGAAAGAAGCCAACAGGAGAUAAACCCAAACUUGAUGAACUGGCAGAAUGUUCAACAGCUGAAGAGAAAGGGAAGACGCCAACAGCAGGUAAACGCAAACUUGAUGAACUGGCAGAAUGUUCAAUAGCUGAAGAGAAAGGGAAGAAGCCAACAGGAGAUAGACGCAAACUUGAUGAACUGGCAGAAUGUUCAAUAGCUGAAGAGAAAGGGAAGACGCCAACAGCAGGUAAACGCAAACUUGAUGAACUGGCAGAAUGUUCAACAGCUGAAGAGAAAGGGAAGAAGCCAACAGCAGAUAAACGCAAACUUGAUGAACUGGCAGAAUGUUCAAUAGCUGAAGAGAAAGGGAAGACGCCAACAGCAGGUAAACGCAAACUUGAUAAAUGGGCAGAAUGUUCAAUAGCUGAAGAGAAAGGGAAGAAGCCAACAGCAGAUAAACGCAAACUUGAUGAACUGACAGAAUGUUCAAUAGCUGAAGAGAAAGGGAAGACGCCAACAGCAGGUAAACGCAAACUUGAUGAACUGGCAGAAUGUUCAAUAGCUGAAGAGAAAGGGAAGAAGCCAACAGGAGAUAAACCCAAACUUGAUGAACUGGCAGAAUGUUCUACAGCAAAAGAAAAAGGGAAGAAGCCAAUGGGGCUUGUGAAAACAGCAGAUGAACCUGGACUUGCUGUAAUGGCAAAGGAUAUUGAAUACCUAAAUCCUGAACAGUUUUGCGUCUUUGAAGGACCAAAUCACCAGCUGAUUUGUGGUGUACCAGGAAGUGGAAAAACAAUUCUUCUUCAAUACAAAGCUUUAGAAUGUGCAAGGAAGGGAGAAAAGGUCAUCAUAUGUGUGCCAUCUCCUUUGAACAAAAAAUAUGAAGCCUUUUUUGAGACAAAAUGCAUAUCUAGUGGGGUCAUUAUUUGUACAUUUGCAAAUGUUCUCAGUUUUCUUCCAAAGACUGAAGAAAAAUUUCACCUAUUUGUUGAUGAGUUACAGAUUCUUUUAGCCUGUAGCAAUACCACAAUUUUCCUGAAGGCACUUACCAAGAAUCAAAAUAGUACAGACAAUAAUUGUUAUUGCUGGUUCACCUGUGAUGAGACUCAGAUCGUGAGCUCAACAAGAAGGACUACCAUUCCAUAUCACGAAGCUUUGUUCUAUCCCUCUGUCAGAAGCUUUUAUUCUCUUUGGACAAACUGUAGUGUUGACUAUCUUAAACUGGAUGGAAACCACAGGUUUACUAAAUCUUACCUAAGAACAGUCAUGAGAUCCACUGUACAGGUUUGUGAAUUUGUAAAAGAAUUUGCACUCAAGACUGAUAUUUAUUCACACAGGUUACUCUGGCAAGUUUACCAUGGUAUUCCUCCUUUCUCGAAAAAAGAUUGGCAAGGAAUGAUUGGACAUCACAUUGGUGGAUUACCAGUUGAGGAAAUUGAAACAGCAGGUAGCCUCAAAACUGUUGCAAAAGCCGUUGCAACAAGCAUUUUCAGUGAGUUGCAACUAUGGACACAAAAAGAAAUUGCUGUUUUAGUCACAGAUGAUGGGGUUCUAAAAGAUCUGUCUCGAUCUGCUUUACCCAAACUUUUUGGCAUCCCAUUGUGUGCUAUUGGAAAAGAUAAAGAUGCCAUAGUUUGUGACCAUGCAGGCAAGUCACAUUCAUUUGAAUGGCCAGUUGUAAUUGCUGUUUGUGGAAGUAAAUCAACCCCUGAUUUAUGCUUUCUCGCAUUUUCCCGAGCAGUAGUAAAACUGGUUGUUGUC